AUGUCCACACCAUUUUUCUCUACUGAUUUCACGUUUGGGGUAGAAUUUGAGUUUGGCAUUCGCUUCAAAAAAGGAUCCUUUCCUGACUACAGGAAACUUGGUCCGGGGCAGAUUUAUAGUCUUAUCAAAGAGACUUUGAUUGUUGAAACUGGGCUUGAGAUUUUGACAGAAGCAGAGAUUGACCGGGACUCUCCUCAUUUUUCCAACCGGAAUGAAGAUCCCAACAAAAUACAUCAGCAAGACUUAUUCAAUACAUGGGCCAUUGGUACAGAUGCCACCAUAUCAUUCCAAGCAGAGGAACAUGCAGACAGAUCCUCGAUGUUCGUCGAGCUUGAAGUAAUAACACCAGUCAUGAAAUUUGGUCCAAAAGCUUUAAAAGAUAUUGACAAAAUGCUAACUGCUUUUAAGAAACAUUUCGAUGUUGUUGUCAACCAGUCAUGCGGUCUUCACGUUCAUGUUGGCAAUGGAACUAAAGGCUUCUCUUUUGAACCGUUCCAGUAUCUCAUGGCAACUAUUUGGGUUUUCGAACCUCAGAUUUUCUCCCUCCUUCGAAAAUCAAGGAACAAUGGUCACUAUUGUGGGUCCCUUCAUAGACGCUCCUAUCUUGGUGUGUACAAAUUCGAGGGUAACUUACUCGAUGUCCUUUUCAGUACAUCUGACAUCAACGAAGUCGUGGGCAUGUUUGAUGGAUAUGACUCUUUCAGCUACAUGGCUUUCAAACUUCAAUAUCUUUCCCAGCCCUUUUCGCAUCCUAUUAAGAGAACUAUAGAGUUCCGAUCACACGAAGGAAUUAUGGACUCAGAGACUGUCUUGAACUGGGUGACCUUAGUUGUUGAGUUGGUGAGCUGGGCUCACAAGAUUAACCGUCAAGAUCUCAAAAUCUUUCUUUCAAAACACAUUGAUUCCAAAGAAACUUCAAUAGAGGACCUCUUCAAGGAGAUUGGUUUCCCACAAUCAACUGUUGAAUUCUACCAAGAAAAGACCAAAAGAAUACGACAAGUUGAAAAGAAGGAAGCUGAGGAAAACAGAGCAAUUAAGAAGAAAAAGGCCGAGGUGAAGAAGGCUAGAGACGCAGCCAGAGCUGCAGGAGAAAUACUUGACAGCAGCAACAGCAGUAAAGACAGUAGUAUGGAUACAUUAGAAUCGGGAUCGUUUGUCUUUUAA